GGGUGGCUGAGGGAGCAGGAGAAGAAAGAGGGUUGAGAAACCAUGGCUGAGCUGGGGACGGCCAACAUCACGACCAGGAUUAAGAAGCUGCUCCGCUCCCCGUCUCUCAAACUGCGGAGGAGCAAACAGCAAACAGCGGGCGGGCACCUCGCCGACAAGGUGACCUUGGAGAAGGUGCUGGGCAUCACAGUCUCUGGAAGCAGCGGACUUGCAUGUGACCUGAAGACUGGGCUUGUAGCUUACCCCUCUGGGUGUGUGGUUGUACUGUUUAAUCCCAAGAAGAACAAGCAGCACCAUAUACUGAAUGGAUCAAGGAAAACCAUCACAGCGGUGGCCUUUUCUCCAGAUGGCAAGUACCUGGUCACGGGUGAGAAAAAUGUUGUCGUGGCAGCCAAUAAGGUCUCAAGCAAGGUGACAGCUGUGUCGUUCUCCGAGGAUAGCAGCUAUUUUGUCACUGCUGGUAACAGACAUAUCAAGUUCUGGUACCUGGAUGCGUCCAAAUCCUCUAAGGUCAAUGCCACGGUGCCUCUGCUGGGUCGGUCAGGCCUGCUGGGCGAGCUGCGUAACAACUUCUUCAGCGACGUGGCGUGCGGGUGCAGCAGGAAGGCCGACAGCACGUUCUGCAUCACCACCUCGGGCCUCCUGUGCGAGUUCAGCGACAAGAGGCUCCUGGACAAGUGGGUGGAGCUGCGGACCACAACAGCCAACUGCUUAUCGGUCAGUGAGGACUUUAUCUUCUGCGGCUGUGCUGAUGGGACAGUGCGACUUUUUAACCCCGCAAACCUCCAUUUCAUUGCCACGAUGCCCAAACCACAUCACCUGGGCAUGGACAUUGCAGCUGCCACAGAACCCAGCCACCUAUUCUCAAACAGAGCAGAUGCCAAGUACCCAGACACCAUUGCACUGACCUAUGACCCCACGAACCGCUGGCUGUCGUGUGUGUACAAUGACCAUAGCCUGUACGUGUGGGAUGUCAAGGACUUUAAGAAGGUUGGGAAGGUAUACUCUGCCCUUUACCAUGCAUCCUGCGUUUGGAGUGUUGAGGUCUAUCCAGAAGUGGAGGACAGCAAUCGAGCGUGCCUCCCUCCAGGCUCCUUCAUCACCUGCUCGUCUGACAAUACCGUCCGUCUCUGGAACACGGAGGGAUCCAGCACCCACGGGACCUCGCUGCAUCGUAACAUGGUCAGCAAUGAUUUGCUGAAGAUUCUCUACAUGGACUGCAAUACGUCGACACUGCUGGAUGUGGAGAACAGUUUGGCGGGAGGCUCUGACAAACCGGAUGGCCAGGCUGCCGAGAUGAAGACUGGAAUCAGAACACUGUGUGUGAGCCCUGAUGGACAACAUAUGGCAUCCGGAGACCGGGCUGGGACUCUGAGGGUCCAUGAUCUCCAGCUACUGAGAGAGCUCCUUCAAGUGGAAGCCCAUGAUUCGGAGAUCCUGUGUCUCGAAUACUCCAAACCAGAGACUGGUAUGAAGUUGCUGGCAUCUGCCAGCCGAGAUCGCCUGAUCCAUGUGUUAGAUGCAGAGAAUGAUUACAGUUUGCUGCAAACCCUGGAUGAGCAUUCUUCCUCCAUCACUGCUGUCAAGUUUUCAGGUACUUGUGUGUGUGUGUGUGUGUGUGUGUGUGUGUAUGUUGCUACAGCUGAAGGCACGCGGUUCACCCGAACCCACCACGUUGUUCGAAAGACAACGCUGUACGACAUGGAUGUGGAUUCCACCCACAAAUACGCUGCCAUUGGUUGUCAGGACAGAAGCAUUCGGAUAUUUAACAUCAGCAACGGGAAACAGAAGAAGCUGUAUAAGGGAUCUCAGGGAGAAGAUGGGACCCUCAUCAAGGUGCAGAUCGAUCCCUCGGGGUUCUUCAUUGCGACCAGCUGCUCCGAUAAGAACCUCUCCAUCUUUGACUUCUACUCGGGCGAGUGUAUUGCAACCAUGUUUGGCCACUCCGAGGUCGUGACAGGAAUGAAAUUCACCAACGACUGUAAACAUCUCAUCUCUGUGUCGGGAGACAGCUGUAUAUUCAUCUGGAGACUGAGCUCGGAGCUGACAAUUAACAUGAGGCAGAGGCUGGCAGAGAUCAAGCAGAAGGAAAAGAAGCAAGCAAAGACACCUCCACAAAAGCAUUCAAGCCCAAACAGACGAGAAACGUUCGAUGUAGCUGCUCAGACAGCUAUGUCCUCUGACAGUGAGAAGGAAGCGGAGGAUGAUGGAAAUGAGGAGGACGAAGGACACUGUGAGGCUUCUGCACACAUCACACCAAAGCGAGGCAUCACCAAUGUGGCGAAUGAUAUCCCCACAAGGAUACAGUAUACCGGGAGCAUGAAGAGUCUGUACAACUGGGAGAACAGUAAGACAGACGACGUGCCAAUCCGGCCGGACUCGGUGCACAGUCAUGUCCCUCGACCGCGAGGCCGAUGGUCCCGACGCAGCAACAACAACAACAACCUGGAGCUGAGUGUGAAGUCGAUGUUGGACCUUCGAAACCUGGACUCUUUCUCCUUCUCACCGCUGAUGGGCUCCGGGCCCCGGGCUGGAACGGCGCCGUCCGGGAGCACCGUUCCUGAGGAAUCCAGUGAGCGCGAGCGCCGUGUCCGGGUCAGCAUAGAAACCCUGCUGAGCGACAUAGAGGAGCAAGAGUUGAUGGACGCACACAGCUCGGGCUUUGUCAGGCCCUGCGGCGUCUCGAUCCCCACGUGUGAGGAAGGCAUAUUCAGUCAAGAGCUGGAGACACCCGAGGUCGAAGAGCGUACCAUCUACCCGGUGCACACCGGGAGCUCUGGUGAGACGGAGGGUGAAUACCAGGUGAAGGAGCUGCAGCACCGGAGGCAGGAGAAGGUUUACCGUAGCCACGGCCUCCCAGAGAAGCACAGCCCCGACAGUGCCUGCUCUGUGGAUUAUUCCAGCAGCCACUUCUCCAGCCCCGAGCAUCCUCACGAAGAUUCCGAGUGUACAGAGCCACUGAGUGUGGACGGGAUCUUCUCGGACAUGGAGGAAGAAGAGGAGGAGCUGAGCGGGAGCUACCUGCGCGAGACAGCAGUGCCAAGAACGCCAGACCAGGAGCAGUUCCUGAAGCAACAUUUUGGGACCCUGGCUGAUGAGAGUGUUGGAGUGAAAACUGACCAUCGACUGGACCACCCGAAGCCUUUGUUUGCAAAGGAGACUGAAGAGCUGCUGAACCCUCGGCUCAGUAUUUCGGCAAGAUUCCUGUCUCAGUCGCUGGCAUCCAGCUUCAGAAACUCUCCAGAUCUUAGUUCCAAGUCCCUCCAGCAGAGUGAGGCCAGAUCCAAACAAUUAACAUUCCCUGGCUCAAACCGAGGACUAGGAGGAGGAGAGGCCUUCAAACUGAAGACUGACGAUGGGCGAGAAUUUCAGAAGCAAGAGGACUUGAAAAACGACCGGAAUGGCGAUCAGAAACCACUAGAUGAUCUUGCAGCAAACUUCAUUUCAGCGUCGAAUUCCGUCCCAGGGAGAAUCCCGGUGAAAGUCCCAUUUCGAGCCGAGUCCAGCGCUGUUCCUGACAGGUCAAUGUCCAUCCGAGCGAUGUGCAGCCAGAGGAAACGGAACCCGGCUGUAGAAUCCCGGAAAGUGUUCACCGGAUCAGUGAAGGCACAGUCGGCAUCAGCUCAUCCAAGUCCAGCUGUAUCACCAAGUCCGACCAUGAGAAAAUCCCAAUCUGUUCACGACCUCAUUCACGAAGUUUACCCAAUGGAUAUGGCAUCUAAUAUAACGUCAUCCGAGAAGCUACACUCUCACUCAUUGACUGUAACUGAGAAAGACGUCAGGGUCAACCAAAGACGAACCUUGCCCUUAGUCCCCAGUAGAGUGGAAGGCCCAGCAUCAUCGCUGGCAAAGGACUGCCCUCAGGGAAAGAGCGCCAAACAGAAGUCCUACAUGAACCCAACCACCAGCUCGAUGGCCAAGAUGUCGCGCAGCGUGUCAAUGGGAGACAGCCUGAACUUCACAGAGAAUGGCGAGGAUCAGUCAAUCACUGAAAAGACUAUGAGCGGGCAGUGCUUGGAAACAUCGCCCAGGACUUCACCUCUGGUGACUGUGGACGCCGUGAACGAAAUCUCUCACAAGCAGGAGAUGACCAAACAGAACGGGAAGGAGGCAGUCAGCUCCAAGCCAGUGUUGCAGCCAUCAGGAGGUUUGACGGUUCCUUCUGGCCCGAGCCCUCAGGCUAAAUUGAGCCUCGGCACUCGGGCGAACCUAUUCCUUGAUCUUCCCAAGCCACUGCCGGAUAGACCCUCUCUGACUUCGUUCUCGCCGUCGGUCAGGGCGAAGUCUUGCUGUGAGAUUGAGCCCUUCAAGUCAUCUGUUUUGGCCAACGGAGGAACAAAAUGGAAGCCUUCCUUUGGCGAUGGCCAUAGGGACGGCCAAGAGAAAAAGGCUGAGAGCGUUUCCACGCCCAGACAGGAGACCUCUGCUCCACUGGAACGCCAGUCACUAGGGCAGUGCCACCAGGAGUCACAAAUAGGGACAGCUCCUCAAUUUCCAUGUCAGCAAGCGUCUUCCGUCUGGUUGCAUGCUAACUCUGAGUUCAGAGGUACCAGGCUUGUUACCGACCCCUCGGACUCUUUACCCAACAUUCCAGUGUCAGGUGUCCAAACGGUGACUGUUUCCGCACCAGCAACAAUUCCUUCUGCCUCUCCCAAGACUGCAGCGAAGGAGCCAGGUCCCAAUGUCAGUGUUCAGAGCUGUAAACUCCUGGCAAGUGAGCUGCAGAACUGCUUAGAGAGAGCCCUGACCCUUUACCGGACUGUAGUCAACAAUAAGGACUCCUCAGACGAGAACUGCCAAAUGGCCGCCAUUCUCUCAGAGACAUUUUCUUUAGUCAGGAAACAAUUGGAGUGUCUCCAACAUCCAGGACUGGGGCCUGGGUCACCUCUCCUGGGGCCAGGCCUGGUGGCUUGUGCCUCUUGCCCAGCAAAGAGUGACUCCUUUGAGGAUGAGAAGACCCUCGCCCUGCUCGAGCAGUAUUCUGAACGUUUACUCCAAGCUGUGGAGCGAAGGAUGGACCAUAAACAGCCGGGAGGGAAGGGAACUUCAGGACUGUGAAUUGGGGUCACUGAGACUUUGUACAGAAGGCCACAAUUAGUGGCAAUUGCAGGCUCUUGGACAAGUGUCGCAUCUGUUACAGAUUGCCAUACCUACGUCUGUUCGCUGGAUGGUUCCCCCACAGCGUGGUGAUGAGCCAGAGAUUUCGGGGCAUUGGCGGGAUUGAUUCCUGGUCUCAGACCGCAGCCGGGCCAAAGGGCAAAACGGGCUGAGACGUACAAUUGGCCUUGUGUUUCCCUGAUCGGGGUGGAGGACAGGUGCCGGAGGGUGUGAUCACGUCCAGACGUGGUCUACCCUCCACCGCGUGGGAAUUUCUCCCCACUUCCCCACCUGGCGCCACCCUUCAACGCUCCGGACGCCCAGCCCCAAAAAAGCAACAGAAGGCAGGCAUGGAGCCAUGCGUCAGCUUUACUGUGAAAGGCUUGGAGAAACGCAGCGUGAUCUGACCCCUACAAGGGGAGUGAGGGUGGGUGGUCUGCACGCCGAGGUGCUGGGAACGUGGGUGCAUUCUGCCCGCGGUGCCCAGCUGAGUUGGCGUAUUCUUCCUCUGGUACAGGGAGUAAGGCCAGCUUCUCUCAGAGCAACCUUCCACCCUUCACUGCCUUCAUGGGGAUUUAUUUGUACACUUUUCUAACAACGUCGCCCCGUUUGGGUGUGACGAUGGAUCGCUUGGGACCAUCCGAAUUUUUGAGUAUUUUAAAUGUGAAGAACGAAAGAGACUCCUACCUGGACCGUGACAAGAAUAUUGGGACAUUGUGGUCUAGUAUGUGCAUGAAGGUUCCUUGCAUGGUGCAUCGCGAUGAUGCAGAUCAAUGGUGCAUGCUGAAGGUCAUUUCAGACACUUUUUAAACUGUGUUCAAACCGUUGUCUAUGAAGAUCAGUUCCAAUGUAUUUUAUAAUGGAGGUUCAGUCUUCAUUCCUCUAAUGGGCUACCAAACUAAUUUUUAAGCUGGUUGCUGUGAAAUGUUUCUUUUCUCCCUGUGUGUUUCUUGUAAUGUAAGUGAUUGUUUUUACCUGUUUUUUUGCCACAGUGUUUGUACAACAUGUUGGUCACGUCUUAAAAUAUUUGCAAUAAAAGCCCAACAUUUGGGAGGGAAGUCUUGGA